AUGCCCGGCUCAAGGCUAACAGGAAGCUUUGUACCAGAUUUAAUAGUGAGCAUGAACAGCCAGAUGUGGCUGCACCUUCAGACAGAUGAAAGUGUUGGAUCAGUUGGAUUCAAGGUGAACUACAAAGAAAUUGAAAAAGAGAGCUGUGGAGAUCCUGGAACACCACUAUAUGGAAUUCGAGAAGGGGAUGGAUUUUCGAAUAGAGAUAUUUUAAGAUUUGAAUGUCAGUUUGGAUUUGAGCUUAUUGGAGAGAAAUCAAUUAUUUGUCAAGAAAAUAACCAGUGGUCUGCAAACAUACCAAUUUGUAUCUUUCCUUGCCUUUCUAAUUUUACUGCACCAAUGGGGACGGUUCUUUCUCCUGAUUACCCUGAAGGUUAUGGAAAUAAUUUAAAUUGUAUCUGGACAAUCAUCUCAGAUCCUGGAAGUCGGAUACAUCUUUCAUUUAACGACUUUGACCUGGAAUCUCAGUUUGACUUCCUUGCUGUUAAAGACGGUGAUUCUCCAGACUCUCCAAUCCUUGGAACAUUCACUGGUGCUGAAGUUCCUUCUCAUCUCACUAGUAAUAGUCAUAUUCUGCGCUUGGAAUUUCAAGCAGACCACUCAAUGUCGGGCCGGGGUUUUAACAUAACAUAUAACACAUUUGGACACAAUGAAUGUCCUGAUCCUGGGAUACCAAUAAAUGCACGCCGAUUUGGAGAUAACUUUCAGUUAGGAAGUUCAAUAUCAGUUAUUUGUGAAGAAGGAUUUAUUAAAACACAAGGAACAGAAACAAUUACUUGUAUACUUAUGGAUGGCAAAGUAAUGUGGAGUGGGCCAAUUCCUAGAUGUGGAGGAAGAACAAAUACCAUGGAAGUUGACAAGCUCAAUUUUUGA